GAACUGAAUGUUGAUAUAUAAUACAUAAUGAGUUGAGUGUUGACAACAAAUAUGACAAUCAAAGUGUUGUUUGUAUUGAAUGAAUGCAUUUAAAGACAUCACAUAAGUGUUGAGCCAUUGAUUACAACCUCAAAGUCAUCGGUUGUUUGCCAUAACUAUCAUCACUUGAGAGCUCAUCCAACAUUCAAACAACAAUUGGUGUCAAAUGCCGGUCAGGUCUUCAUCAGAGAUACAAUGCCAGUCACAGACUCAGGACAUGGAGGCCGACCUCUGCAACUGUUCCGAUGGCACGUGUCAUGAGACAGACAAUGCAUUAAAAGAGUCACAAAAUGGCAAUAAACAAGUGAUUCAAAGCAAACAAACUCUUAAAGGAGUUCCACUAAUGGCUUCCCAUCGACAACUUGGAGUAACUCAAUCUCUGUUAUACAACGGAUCCAAAUUUGGUGGACACCAGAAAUCCAAAGGCAACUGUUAUGACGUUGAAGUUGUCCUUCAAAAUGUGGAUGAGGCCAACUCUUAUCUCUGCGGUUACUUAAAAAUUAAAGGAUUGACUGAAGAGUAUCCAACUCUGACGACAUUCUUUGACGGAGAGAUUAUUUCAGCCAAAUAUCCAUUUCUGACCCGUAAAUGGGAGGCCGAUGAGGACGUGGAUCGCAAGCAUUGGUCAAAGUUCUUGCAAUUUUAUCAGUUCUCUAAACAAUUCAAUUGUGAUAAUUUUGAUUACAAUCAACUCAUCGACACUGACUUUGUAUUUAUGCGAUGGAAGGAACACUUCUUAGUUCCCGAUCACACCAUUAAAGACAUAAACGGUGCUUCUUUUGCUGGUUUUUAUUACAUUUGUUUUACCAAAUCUAAUGCCACUAUUGAAGGCUAUUAUUAUCACCGACAGUCUGAAUGGUAUCAAUCACUGACAUUGGUUCACAUACCUGAGCACUCAAUACAAAUCUAUGAGUUUCGCUAAAUUCAAACAAAUGUGUCAUUAAAAACUAUAUAAAUAUACAGUCUGUAUAAAACAAUUAUGAUUUUUCUUUAAAAGAAAAAUAAC